GGUGCGUCCAAUAAUGACUGGGGGAGCCCUGCGAGUAACAUGACCAAAAAGAAGCGGGAGAAUCUGGGCGUCGCUCUAGAGAUCGAUGGGCUGGAGGAGAAGCUGUCACAGUGUCGGAAAGACCUGGAAGCUGUAAACUCCAGGCUCUGUGGGACGGACCUGAGCCCAGAGGCCAGGAAGUCUCUGGAGAAGGAGAAAAACAGCCUGAUGAACAAAGCCUCUAACUAUGGAGUUAAAGUUGCUUCGGCAGGAGAACCGGAAGAACAUGCUGCUCUCUGUGGCCAUCUUUAUUCUCCUGACCCUCAUCUACACCUACUGGACCAUGUGAGCCUGAGACUUCUCCACAGUCAGCACGGGUUUCCUCCUUGGUCCCCUGGUCACAACCAAGCAGGCCCUUCAAGCCUCAAGACAAUCAAGGUACAGGCGUAUUUCUCCCCGGCCCCGACACUGGAUCAGGGCUGCCAGCCCAGCCCCUCUUCACUCCUGGUCCUGCUGUGGGGCCUGGGUCUCCAGAAGGACUUUGUGCUGAUUCCCCUCUCAGCCCAAGGGAGAGGCAAUAAAGAACAGCCAGGCUGCUUCUGUCUGCUGAGUAAAUGUCAUGGUCUGACUGCAGCUGGAGGGCAGUGGGGGUGGCACUCGGGAAUCAAGGAAGAAAAGAUGUUCAAGGGGAAGUGUUCAGCUUAGAACUCAGAAAGGAGGGGGAAGGCAGGGUUGCGAAGGUGAGUCCCCAGCUUAAGUGGGGAAUAAGGAGACAGGAGGAAGCAUUGUAAAAGCCAAAACUAUUCUGGGAGCCAUUUCCAGGGCUUAGGCCUUGCACUACCAGUCCACCGUGCCCACCAAACACACUUUCUUGCCCUCCAGUCAGGGUCACUGCCUGUAAUUAUGGCAUGAAAAAAAAAAACACACGCCAUGCAGCAAAGGGUGACCAGGGAAGUGGUCAUGUGGAGGUACCACAGGACCACAGAGUUAACCCAUCUUCAAGAGGCAAGCAGGGCUGGUGAGGCCUGGCAGAGUAGGCGGCAAGAGCCAUGGUAAUGACCAGACUUACAGUGACAGUGGGCAGCAAAUCAGGCAGGGUUGGCUGGAGUGGGGGCAGGAGCAACAAACAUGGCCACCCCCCAACUCUGCUCCCAGCACCAGGGCCAGGAGGGGCAGGAGUGGGAGGCUGAGCAAAGCCGAGCAUAGUAGGGCAACCAGAAGGAUCAGGGGCUUGGCCUGGAAACUACACCAGUUAGGAAAGUGGAGUUGCCCUAGGAGCUCAGGAUGUGAGACAUCAAGGACCCUCGGGGCCAGGGUGAAGGAAGGAGCCAAAGUACAGCAGGCUAGAGGAGGCCAGCACCAGAGCUGUGGAGCUGGUGGAGCAGCUCUAGCCCUGGGCCGAGAGGGAGGCACCAUCGGCACCUGCACACCUCACCCCAAGCACAGCCCCCCCCACCCCCACCGGUGCAGGCACAGAAUGGAGGGGAGGCUGGCCAGGGGUCAGUGCAACCGUCUCUCCCUCCCUCUCUCCCUCCGGUCUAGUGACACUAAUUGGUCUGACACCUCUGUUAUUUUAGUCACACAGACUGAUCCUGGAUUGUCACAGUGCUACCAUGGAGUGAGCCGUGUGAUUUAUGUAAGGGGGAAGGUGCCUCCCUGCCCUGCUGGGCAGUAGGUUCUUUCAUUCUCCAGUCCCUGCUUCCAACAGGAGCUGCAUAAUUUCUGGACUCUUCCUAGGUGGGGCCCCUUCUCUAGCAGCAGGGCCCACGAGGCCCAGGAGCUUGUAGAGGCUCUGAUUAAACAAACCUGCUU